AUGGCCACCCGCGCUUCAAACGCCAAUGAGCUUGUGGUGCCUCAGCCCGACUUGUCCGACCUACCAGAACGUUCGCAACCUACACCCGUCGGCAAAGAGGACUUGCCAAUUCCCUCCCGUGCGACUUCCCUAGACGUGGAAGGAAGCUUGGACCAUGGCACGAGAUCAGGACGCAAGCGCAAGCUGAAUAGCAUGUCAUCAAGAGGUGUCGCCAAUCUCACACCCGAUCAGUUGGCAAAAAAGCGGGCCAAUGACCGCCAAGCGCAGCGCGCAAUUCGAGAAAGGACCAAGGGGCACAUAGAAGCUCUGGAGCAACAGGUCAGGGACCUGUCGUCACAAAAACCCUCCCUCGAUCUCCAAGCAGCUCUACAGGAGAAUGGGGCGAUUCGCUCGGAGAACGCAGAGCUCCGCCAAGGGCUUCAGGCGGUAAUGGCCAUUCUCCAACCAUUGAUGGCUAAGCCAGAACUACCAGAACCAUCUCCUUCUCUAGCUACACCCAAUCUCGCCCCGCCUCCGCAAAAAUCCCCAUUGCCCGACACCGAUCGGCUCACUCCUCAUAGUCAGCCACUACUUACAGGCGAGAAAACAUAUCCCGAGUCUACUGCCAGCUUUGAUACACCUUCUCCGACCCAUUCUGCACCCACCCUCGGGAGUCGCCGCAACAGUACCAAUGGAGGCCCUCACUCCGCCUCUCUCCGUGUCGCAUUGGACUCGCAACGCCAUAAUAUCACUCAUGGGCUAAACCUCGGCUCGGAGGAGCGUCUAGGGUUUAAUUUCCUUCUGGAUGGUUCGCAUACUGUCCCCAAAGUCGACCGGCUACACCGUAGCAGCUCAGAACUCCUCCACUGUCCCCCGCUGAAUUCUCCGUCACCAAUAUACCCCCAUCCCUUGACCACAACCUCUGACCAUGGGCCACCUGCAUUCGCCGCUCCGAUACAAAAUCUACCGGCGACAUGUCCUUUGGAUAACAUUCUUUUGGAAUUUCUUCAAAGCCGUCAACGCGAGGCGGCUCAAGGCAUCCCUAGACAAAACUUAGCCGGGCCACCGUACCCGAGUGUCUCCUCGUUGCUAAACCCGGAGAGAAGUGUCUUCUCCCAUCCGGUCUCAAAAGUGUUCACCGAUAUCCUGUGCGCCUUUCCCGAUAUCUCCUCUUUGCCGGAACAAGUUGCCGUGCUCUACACCAUGUUCCUCCUUAUGCGCUGGCAAAUUUACCCCACGCAAGAGAACUAUGAGAGACUCCCAGAGUGGUUGACCCCACGCCCAACACAAAUUCUCCAUCCACACCCUGCUUGGAUGGAUUACGUUCCCUGGCCGGGAAUGCGCGACAGGAUCAUUACAAAUUACCAGAACUACCCGUUUGAGAACUGGACCAUGCCAUUUACACGUGACAUAAACGUCAAUUGGCCAUACGAGGCUACGGACUGUUUAUUGUCAGCCGGCGAGUCGGAUGAGCUGGUCAUCAACCCCGUCUUCGAACGGCAUAUGAGGAAUUUGUCUAAUUGGUCGUUGGGGCCCAGCUUUGCGGAAACUUAUCCCUCUCUGGUAGACACCACACUAAUCAAGCCAAGAGCACGGCCCAACACCUCAUACGGGGUAGAAUCUCCAGGAGACUACAAACCCACCUAA